AAGUGCUUGCUCGAAAAAUCUAGAACAUGCAUCAUGAUUUCAAAAGUUUCUUAUUCGCUGCCCUUAUACUUCAGAACUUCGCAAUCAGUACAUCGAUCAAUGCUACGUUGGAUUUUGACAUAAUUGGUGAAGGAUUCCACAGAACCUUUGAGUACAAAGUGAGCGUUGAUGGCUUAGAGAACCAGCAAGAUUGCGCAGUAGCGCUUCACAUUUUACUGCCAUCAGCAAUUUAUGUGAACGUCGACGAGGUAGCGGAUUUGCAGAGAGUCGGAAAGACCCUCACGUGCUCAGUUGGUGAAAGAAAUGUAGAAUUGUUUGCCGAAAUGGCCGAGCCUCAAAACGUGACAAUAUGCAAUUUACCGAAAACAUGGGAGACUGUCUUAUCCCUGCCGAUUCACCAACGCUACCAAUUCUCUCAAGAGUAUGGAGGUUACAUAGCAAUCGAUAUUCCACACCCCAAGCUGCUCCUUGGCUGCAAAGAGAGGUUGAAACAUUAUCGUGUUUCUAAGAUUGAUCUCUGCUCACCCUGUGUUGAUUUGGCUCUAAAAUGGAGAGAAAUUCCUUUUAAAAUGGAACAUACGAAGCCGGUUUGGCUGAUCCCUGUGGGAAACACGUCUUACUUGAACUAUGUGUCUUAUGUGACUUUGUUGGUGACUAGUCUUGGAGCAGCUGCAGUUCUGCAAACAAUGCUCAGACUCGGGAGUGUCAGCGGUGGCCCAAGAACAAAACAGAACUGAUGGUAUAGAGUGAAGCUGUGCAAUUAUUUGUACUGUGAAUGGACGAUGUGUACAGUGAAUUCCACAUUUUAUCAUGGUUUUUGUAGUACCAUUGAAAUUUUCUCAUAUUUUUUAUUGGAUGUCAUUAUAUGGAAUAAAGUUAGAGUUGUGAAUCAAA